CUCGCUCAAUCUGGCCAUUCCCCCAGACCAGAUACUACCACUACUACCCCGGUCAUAGUCCAUCUCCCCUUAGAUCAAUCCCAGUCUUACAGCUACGUCAUCACCAACACCAUGCCCGACAAAGACGCCGGAACGCCCCGUGUUUUCCUCUACCGCCAUGGAGAGACCGAAUGGUCCAAAAGCGGCCGCUACACCGGCAUCAGCGAAAUUCAGCUAACCGACGACGGAGUGAAGCAAGUGACCGCUUCCGGCAAGAUCCUCGUAGGAGCUGGUAAGCUUAUUGACACAGCUAAACUGGCUCGUGUGUAUGUGUCUCCGCGCCAAAGGGCAAAGCAUACCUUUGACUUGGCCUUCGGAGAGACCGAGAAGCAGGGUCUGAAGGAAGCCGGCAAGGUGGAGGAGACGGAAAGGCUGGCAGAGUGGGGUUAUGGCUUGUAUGAGGGGAUGUUGACCAAGGAGAUUCGCGCGCUGAGGAAGGAGCAUGGCCUCGAUGGUGAUAGGGCGUGGGAUAUCUGGAGGGAUGGAUGUGAGGAGGGAGAAUCACCUGCGGAUGUUACGGCCCGAAUUGAUAGCCUGAUCGAAGAGAUCAGAGCUCUUCAUCGGGGAAACAUGCACGGAGAGGCGCCCUCCGAUGUUGUCCUCAUUGCGCAUGGCCAUACGCUCCGGGCGUUUACCAAGCGCUGGUUGGGCUAUCCGAUGGAGUUUCCGUUGUCCAUGAUGCUGGAACCUGGUGCUGUGGGAGUUCUUAGCUACCAGCACCACAGCAUUGACGAGCCUGCUUUCUUGGUUGGAUAUGGAUUUCCCUUGGAGAAAUGAUGCACUUGGAGACAUCUGUUUCAUAUGGAAAGGUCGUAUAGAUGAAUACAUACCGG